AUGCUCGAAGAUCUCGGAAAGCGAGGUCGCCAAAUCAACAAGACGGCCAUAACAGAUUGGCUGUCGCAGACCGCCGAAUGGCAUGGGGCGCCCAUCCAUGCAGGUGGCCUGGUCACUUCGACCGUCCAGUGGGUAUUCGGAAUGGAUGAACCGGGAUUCGUAUUACAAAUCCACAUGCAUUUCGUUCUCCCUGCCGGACCUGAGGCAUGUCACGCUUGUGCCAAAGCUCACCACCUGUCCAACGAGGCCGUGAGUUGCAUCAUGUCGCACUCCAGCAUAGUCGAGAAGCAUGCCUUGGAGGAGACUCCGAUCGACCAGUCUUCAACAACCCAGUCUUCAAAACCCCCAUCCUCCCAAAAUCUCUUCAACAGUCAGUCGACAAUACAACAAUCUCCCGAGAAGGCGGCACCUCCUCCGAAUACCACACUCAAAGAGGAAUCCGACAAUGUUGAUAACGACGGCGAUUAUCCCACCGGCGUCCGCCUUCUGACCGUGAUUGCUGCGCUCAUCCUGGCGAUGCUCCUCGCAGUCAUGGACAUGACCAUCUUGGCCACGGCAAUCCCCCACAUCACAGACCAGUUCCACAGUCUGGACGAUGUCGGGUGGUAUGCAUCCGCCUUUUUCAUGACGGUGGCUUCCUCACAGUCCACCUGGGGAAAGGCAUACAAAUACUUCGAUCUCAAAACCGUGUUUCUCAUCACCAUUGCUCUUUUCGAGUUGGGAAGCUUGAUUUGCGGCGUGGCACAGAACAGCGUCACGUUGAUUGCAGGCCGCGCAGUUACUGGCUAUGGAGCUGCCGGCGUUCUGGCGGGCUGCUACACGAUUGUAGCUUUUGCUGUUCGGCCCGAGCAACGACCUGCUUUCACCGGUGUGCUGGCCGCGACUUACGGGGUAGGCUCCAGUAUCGCACCAGUGAUCGGUGGAGCGUUGGCAGAUAAGGUUUCAUGGAGAUGGUGUUUUUACAUCAAUCUUCCCAUCGGUGGUGUGUCUGUCGCCAUAAUUCUCCUUACCUUCAAGACUCCACCACUCUCGCGAAAUGAAAAGGACAUCGGUGCUCCAUGGUCCGAGAAGCUAAAACAAAUGGACCUAAUCGGAACGUUUACCAUAAUGGCAGCAGUCAUCUGCCUCCUCCUCGCCUUGCAGUGGGGCGGAGUCUCAAAGAGUUGGAGCUCAGCCGACGUCAUUGGCACACUUGUAGGGUUUGGUCUCAUCUCAGGCGCUUUCGUCAUCCUUGAAUACCUCCAGGGAAACCGUGCGCUCUUGGUACCGCACAUUCUCAAAAAGCGUGUUGUCUACGUCGGCUGCCUGGUCAGUUUUUUGCUGGGCGGUGGUGAGUUUACUAUGAUCUACUACAUCCCAAUCUAUUUCCAAUCUAUUCUCGGUGUCUCGGCACAAGAGAGUGGCGUUCGAAAUCUUGCUUUCAUCAUAGCCGUUACAAUAUUCACGGUCGUGUCGGGUGCAGCCAUUACUGCCACCGGCUACUUCACCCCUUUCAUCGUGCUCGGCGCGUCCAUGACAACUGUCGGCUCUGGUCUCAUGUACACCUUUUCCGAGAGCUCGCCGUCCAGCGAAUGGAUUGGCUAUCAAGUUCUUGCCGGCAUCGGCAUAGGGCUGUGCUUUCAAGCACCCAUCAUGGCCAUCCAAGCUCUCGCUGAUCCCGAAGACGUCUCGGCCAGCACUGCCAUGGUGCUCUUCUUCCAGACCAUGGGGGGCGCCUUCAUGGUUUCCGGCGCGCAAUCUGCAUUCACGAACACAUUGGUGAAGAAUCUGGCCACACACGCACCGGGCGUAGAUGUGCAGGCAGUCAUCGAGGCCGGCGCAACGAAUCUGAGGGAGACGUUCAGCGGCGAUGAAUUGGCGGGUAUUUUGACCAGUUACAUGGCUGGUUUGAAGGUUGCUUUUGCGAUAGUCAUUGCGUUGACUGGUGGCGCCACCGUUGCCAGCCUGGCGAUGCCGUGGACUUCUGUUAAGAGUAGGCCUACAGUGGCUCCUUUGUAA